AUGGACCAGAGGAAGACCCUUCCCAAGGACCAUUUGGGUUCCUCUCAAUCCCGCUAUCCUUCCUCCACCACUCGUGCCGGAGGCACUCCCGUUACAACAACCUUUCACGCUUCAGUCGCGCCUAAAAAGGUGGCGCGAGACUCAUUGCCCUUCUCUUUUCCCCCGCUAUUCCAACCAAAUACCUCAUCGACGUCUCUCGUGCCCUCAACUGCAGAGGGAAAGCCCAUACCUCUUGACGACAGUACCGCGGCGCACCGCACUUCGGCUCUGCGAGAGCUCAACAGCAAUUAUCCUUCCCGCCACCGUUACGCCAAAUCUACCGGCGCUCAAAGUAGCACAUACUCACAACCUGUCAUUGUCAGAACGUAUUCUGGGUCUCACAGCAGGCCCUCGAGCACCAGCCGAAGCAACGGUUUGGGGGGAAGCGGCUUUGGCUUGAAGUCUGCCUCAUCCGUUGUAAGCGGUCCUGCGGCUUCUGUCCGGCGCAUCAUCGCUCUGCGCACACCGUUCGGCGGCAGUGUGUCGACUCAUAAUGGCGGCUUAAGCAUGGCUAAAGGGAUGGCAAAGAAGCGGCUGGAAGGCCAAGAAGCCAUGGCCAAACUGCCUCCCGUUGAGGCCUACAGCUUCAAGAGCAUGAUGGCCAACAUCGAGUCUCAAGAGGGAGAGAGUGAUAUCAAUGCCGACCUAGAUCGCAUUGCUGAAAUCUGUGCCAGGUCGCGAUAUUCUUUGAGUAAUCAGUACGAAGUUCAUGUUGCGCCUCAUGGCUCCGGUGCUUCCUUCAUUAGCCACGCAUCCUCAUCUCGACGCCAGCGUCACAACGCUGGCCCUACCUUGGAGGCUGUGUCGGACGAUGAGAGAAGGCACAGGAAGAGAAGAAGCGGUGGCAGAAGAAGAAGCAUAGCAAUGGGGACGUUGGAGACUAUUAUGUCUUCCAGUCGGUCUUCGGAGGAGGACAAGUCGAAGAAGAAGUCGGCAGCCGAAAUCACUGCAGAGGUGCGUGGCCGAGCUGCCACUCGCAAAUCAGGGAGCACGACUCCUUCGUCCUCAGUCAGCGAAGACGAUGAGCGGCCGAGCCAGGAACAGAAGGAUCAGCUACCCCCUCUUAUGCGGAGGAAAUCGUCGUCAUUUGCCACGGCGAUGUUAGAGAGCACGCGGCAAAGCCUUGCAGCCAACAACCAGUCGUCACCCCGAAGUUCGGCAAAUGCCUUGGUUAGCGAGCCUGCUCUGCCAAAAACGUCGACGAGCCACCUUGAGGUUCGGACGGAUAUGGAGGACGUAAUGGGGCAUCGAUCUGCCCGUAAGAGUUCGGAUGAACGACCAAGAAGUGAGAUUCCUGAGCAACAAUACCAGAAUAUUUCAGAUAAGCCUGAUCAGAAGAAGGCAGCGGGUGGCCUCUUGGCGGGCCUUACCGGCUGGAUACCUUGGAGACUUCCACCCAUCGUAGGUCUUGGCUCAGCUUCUGCGCAGGGAGGCGUGUCCACAAGCCAUGCUGAGGGGAGCCUUCGAGACCUGCUGAAGACAACUGACGCCAAGAACAAGGGAAAGAUAGUGGAGGGCCAAUCUUGA